CGUGCGCAGAUUUGGCGCCAAACACAGAAGACUCUGGGCCGUCGCUCUGGAGUCUCGCGAGAAGCGUGGUUUGCGGGCCUCCCCAAGCUCGGUGCUGUGGCUGCUGCAGUCUGCGUGAGGGCCCAGGAUGGAGUCUUACUGAUCAGGUUAGAAGAAGGUGAAUCUUCAAAGAAGAUCCAGAAGGAGUGUCCAGAAAGGGAGGAAAACCAGGAAACCUUACCUAGAAGAUCAAUAUGUAAAGACAUUAUUGUUGAAAACUGCUCUAGUUGAAGUAGGAGGUUGAGGUACCUGUACCCUGCCUCUUUCACAUCCAUUUGGACCACAGUUUGAAACCCUCUGAAGAAUCCAAAUCAUUUUAUGAUACAGGAAACUCAACAGUUGAGGAAAAGAUGCUGGAACAGGAGAAUGGCUUGAUUGAUCUACCAGAUUAUGAGAAUGUAGAUGAAACUUUUUCAAAUCCUUUCCCACCUCCAGCUUCUCCAGAGCGAGGUGGUGAAGGAGCUGAACGUGAUGAAGAGUCAGGAAGAGAAGCACUUGUUCCUGUACCUCCAAAGAGAACAGUUAAAAGGAAUAUACCCAAACUGGAUGCUCAGAGAUUAACUUCAGAGAGAGGGCUUCCAGCAUUAAGGCAUGUGUUUGAUAAGGCAAAAUUCAAAGGUAAAGGUCAUGAGGCUGAAGACUUGAAGACGCUAAUCAGACAUAUGGAGCACUGGGCACAUAGGCUAUUCCCUAAACUGCAAUUUGAGGAUUUUAUUGACAGAAUUGAAUACCUGGGAAAUAAAAAGGAAGUUCAGACCUGUUUAAAACGAAUUCGACUUGAUCUGCCUAUUUUACACGAAGAUUUUAUUAGCAAUAAUGAUGAAGUAGGGGAAAAUAAUGACCGUGAUACAACUGCUACUGAAUUAGAUCCCUUUCUGACAAAUUCACCUGAAAGUGAGAAGUUUGCUUCUGAGUCAAGUAGAAGCCUAACCGAAGAGCAACAACAAAGAAUUGAGAGAAAUAAACAACUGGCCUUGGAAAGAAGGCAGGCAAAGCUACUGAGUAAUAGUCAGUCCCUAGGAAACGACUUGUUAGCAAACACACCCGGGGCACAGACAGCUGAAGAUGGUCAUAUGGAUGAGGAUGAACAAAAGGAGGAGUCAGAUGGGUUUAACACAGACGUUCUAGACAAUCUACAUGACGCUGCUGCUGCUGCCAAUACUGUAAGUGAAGAGCAGGAAUUGAAAAUAGAGAAGACACAACUGGACCAGUCCUUUUAAAAUCUAUAGCAGUAACUUAUGCUGCAUCCGGAAAUGUUACUGAGGUUGGAUAGACCUCAGCUAAGAGGGAAUCUGUUAACUUGGUAUCCUCCAAGUUUGAGAUUACUAUGUAUUUUGUCUACUUUGAA